AUGUCAAAAUUGCAAUCGAAGUUGAAGAAUCUGCCUCCGCAGCCGGUGCUGAAGCCGUGCGAUGUGGAGUUCUCCAAGAGCUUCAAGAAUGUAGAAGAAGGAGUAAAGGUGAAACUAACAGUAUCAGAAGUGGAAGUGCACAUAGCGGCCACUACAGUACACACUGUCUUGGAUAUUGUCGAAGAAAUAACAACAGAACUGACAAUGCCAGAUGAAAAGGAACUAUUUAAUUUUGCGACUUAUCUUCUCAAAAUGGAAAAACAAGAUGAAGAUCUAUGGUCUCCUAAGAAGCUCACUCAUCCAUACGUAAUGUUAAACACGGAAGAUAGCUACGUACAGCCUCCUUAUCCUAGUGUGAAGCCCUCCGAAACGCUUUUAGUCACGAUACCAAGCAUCAAGAUAUUAUUGGAAAUAGAGCAUACCGAGAGAGUGCCAGUGUUAAUGAUGAAGCUAUCAAGCGAGCUAACGUUACACGAUUGGUCGCGGCAGUUACAUGGUAACGCAUCUCUAACGGCAGCCGCCAGUUGCUAUAAUGAGCGGCUUGAUGUUUGGGAACCACUGAUUGAGCCAGUAGUAAUCAAUGAGAAUACCCAACGCCCGUGGGAGUUAACUGCUACUAUCUUCCAGGCGAAAGCUUAUCCGAUGUCAUCCCGACUUGAUACUUCAUCGCAACCGGAUACUGAAGACUUGUCAUACUCUGACCAUUCGAAAAAGGCCAAAAAGAAAAACGAAUUUGAAUCCGAAACCUCCGCAGAUGAGUGUGAUACUGAUAAUGAGAUGACGUUCAUAAGGAAUCCAAAUGGUAGAGAGAACAAACAUUACAGCGUAGACUUCGGUGCUGGGAAUAUGCCUCUACUUGGAGCACUGGAUAUUGAUGAAUCUGACUCGGAGAAUGAGAACGGUCUAAUGGAUAAGUUAGCGACGGCUUUUGGCCAUAUAUUUAAUGACGAUUCAAGUGGUGAUGAAGCAAGCAACGACGAAAACUCAUCUGCACCAGAGCAAACUGAGGCAGAAGUUAGUGACAAUGAGGAAAACGAUAAAGCGGUGUCCUUCACAGACGGCGCUCACAAGAGCAAGAAGGAGGUCGAGCAUAAAACAGUUACUUUACAGGAACCAGUUCGUGAAGACAGCGUAGAUUCAGGUUUGGAGACAGAAAGUUUUCAAGAACGUCUAUGUACCUAUAUGAUCCUGGAAGCGAGACACGCGCUCAACAUUACGAUAACACCAGCUGGAGCUCGAGCGCUGCUAGCGCUGUCGACUGCUUGCACUGACAGAACUAUAGAAGCAACAACAAUGCUGGAAGUCAAAUCAAUAGAAACUGCUAAUUAUUUUUAA